AUGGCGUCUUCUACGGGAAUGAACAAGAUCAAGGUCAAGAACCCAGUGGUGGAGCUUGACGGUGAUGAGAUGACCAGGAUCAUCUGGCAGGUCAUCAAGGACAAGUUCAUCCACCCAUACCUCGACAUUGAUCUCAAGUACUACGACCUUGGCCUGGAAUACCGUGAUGAGACCAACGACCAGGUCACUCUCGAUGCUGCCGAGGCUAUCAAGAAGUACUCAGUCGGUGUGAAGUGCGCGACCAUUACACCCGACGAGCAGCGUGUGGAGGAAUUCAAGCUGAAGAAGAUGUGGCUGUCGCCCAACGGCACCAUCCGAAACCACCUAGGAGGAACCGUCUUCCGCGCACCCAUCGUUAUCCCCGCCAUCCCCCGCCUUGUACCCAGCUGGAAGCAGCCCAUCAUCAUCGGCCGCCACGCAUUCGGCGACCAGUACCGCGCAAAGGACCGCGUCAUCGACACCGAGGGCACCCUGGAGAUGGUCUUCACACCCAAGGGCGGCAAGCCUGAGGUUAUCAAGGUCUACGACUUCCCUGCAGAGGGUGGUGUCGCUCAGACCCAGUUCAAGGACAUCUUCCAGGAGAUCUACGAGGCCCAGUACCGCAAGGAGUUUGAGGCUGCUGGCAUCUGGUACGAGCACCGCCUGAUUGACGACAUGGUCGCGCAGAUGAUCAAGAGCGAAGGUGGCUACAUUAUCGCUAUGAAGAACUACGACGGUGACGUCCAAUCCGACAUUGUCGCCCAGGGUUUCGGCUCUCUCGGUCUCAUGACCUCGGUUCUGAUCACUCCCGACGGCAAGACCUUCGAGGCUGAAGCCGCGCACGGCACCGUCACCCGCCAUUACCGCGAGCACCAGAAGGGUCGCGAGACUUCCACCAACCCCAUCGCCUCCAUCUAUGCAUGGACGCAGGGUCUCAUCAAGCGCGGCGAGCUUGACAACACCCCCGAGCUUGUUGUCUUUGCUGAGCAGCUGGAGAAGGCCUGCGUGGAUACCGUUAACGAGGACGGCAUCAUGACCAAGGAUUUGGCGCUCGCACAAGGAAAGAAGGACAGGAGUGCGUGGGUAACCACCAACGAGUACCUCGAUGCCGUUGAGAGGAGGUUGAAGGCGAGUUUGAAAGAAAAGCUUUGAGUUAUUUUGACGUCAACGUGAGCUGGUAGAUAUCAGAAGCCAUGAGCAUGUAGAUGGAGUCUUUGCUUACGAUAAUAUGUAGUCAAUGAACUAUCCUCACCUAUG